AUGACGGGGGCAGGAGGCCAGGCACCAAGGCACAGGGUGGUGACCGGAGGAGGGACCAGCCUGCACCCAGCAUUCGCAGUCCUCUUCGUGCUGCUCUUUGUUCUGCUCUGUGUGCUGGGACUCCCGGCCAGUGGCUUCAUUGUGCUGGUGCUGAGCAGAGAAUGGGUGUGACCAGGGAGGCUGCUCCCCUCCAGCGUGAUCCUCUUUAGCUUGGGUGUCUCCUGCUUCUGCCUGCAGUGGGUUGGAAUGGCGAACAACUUCUACUACUUCCUCCAUCUGGUCGAGUACCGCGGGGGUCCUGCCUGGCAGUUCUUUGGUCUACGCUGAGACUUCCUGAACUCGUUCACCUUCUGGUUUGGCUCCUGGCUCAGCGACCUCUUCUUCAUGAAGAUUGCUAACUUCACCCACCCCACCUUCCUCUGGCUGAAGUACAGGUUCCCAGGGUUAGUGCCCUGGCUUCUGCUGGGCUCUCUCCUCAUCUCCCUCAUCAUCACCCUGUUGUUCUUUUGGGGGAACCACGAUUUGUAUAAAGGUUUCCUUAUUAGAAAAUUUUCUGGUAACCUGACCUACAAUCAGCGGAGCAGGAGGCUGGAAAUUCACCAUUUUCUACCCCUGAAACUGGUCACCCUUUCAAUUCCUUGCUCUCUUUUUCUGGUCUCGAUGGCUGUGUUGAUGAACUCUCUGAGGAGACACAUGUGGAGGAUGCGGCACAGUGCCCACAGCCUGCAGGAGCCCAGCGCCCAGGCUCACACCAGAGCUCCGAAGUCACUCAUCUCCUUCCUCGUUCUUUAUGCUCUGUCCUUCAUGUCCCUGAUCAUCGAUGCUGCAGGGUUCUACUCCUCAGAAAGUGACUGGUACUGGCCAUGGCAGAUUUUAACUUACUCGUGCACAUCCAUCCAUCCCUUUAUCCUCAUCCUCAGCAACCUCAGGCUUCGAGGGGUGUUCAGGCAGCUAAUUUUGUUGGCCAGGGGCUUCUGGGUGGCCUAA